AUGGCAGUAGCAACCCGACCGAUCCCUCUCGGCGGAUCAGUCCCUGCUGAUACACCCCAUGCCAUCUCAGUCUCGUUACCCAAAUGGGCAGAUAAUGUGGGCUACGAAGAAGGUGACAAGCGAGUCGUUGGGGUCAUGGAGACUGGUUAUCCGAGGUUCUUCAUCCAUCGGAGUAUUCAAAAGCUCGCCGCUCUGUGUGAAGCCAAAUUUGGUCGAGACAACGAGCGCUGUAUACUUCUGCCCUCUCAGAGGGUUGCUCGAGAAGCCAAGGCGUUCUUAGCCUCGCAAACGAUCAGCUCUCGCAUCGUAGAAUUCGCCGUUUGUCCAUCUCAAUCUCUCCCGUCUUCAUCGACGAGUCACAACAUGGACAUCAUCGAGCUCCAGAUCUUGCUCUUUGACAAGGAAAAUUUCCCCUUGGCGAAAUCUUUCUGGCAACAUACAGGUGAUGGCAUUAGCUCGCGAAUGGCCGAAAAGGCCUUGUACCUUCUCGGAGAGACACCUGCAGGCAGUACCGCUGCCUCACCCACUCUUGAUAAGGAUCCCGGGAUCCGAAGCUCACGCAACAGACACUAUUCUCGAUACACCACACCCCUGCCCUCUACUUCGCAACAGAACGCACAGCAGACAGGGUCAACGGAUGAUCAAAUAGUGGAGGAAGAAAACCUCACGGCGGAGCUCUCGACCUACCUCGAAGAACGCUAUGGACGGAAUCUACCCACUUUCAAUGCCCCUUUAGCCAAACAAGCUCUCAAGCGAAGGAUCGCAGGAGGCCUCUUGCCCUCUGAUGAGGGAUUCGGUAGUGCCGAUGUAACGCGGGGAAAAGGCAACAGCAUCGUCAAAGAGGAAGAUGUCUACUUGUAUCCUGGAGGUAUGAGUGCCAUCUGGCACGCUCAUGAUAUCAGUCGAAUAGCAAGGAGGGCAAAAGGUGAAAAGGAGGGCAAGAGUGUUUGCUUUGGCUUCCCGUACACCGAUACGUACAAGAUCCUGUCCAAGUGGGGCCCAGGAUGUCACUUCUACGGUCAUGGAGGUGCUGAAGACUUGGCUGCAUUGGAAAAAACGCUAGAGACACAAAACGACGGAAAGAUCUUGGCACUGUUCGCUGAAUUCCCCUCGAAUCCUUUACUCCGAUCCCCAGAUCUCGUCCGGAUUCGAGAGCUCGCUGAUCGGUAUGGCUUCAUCGUCGUUGUCGACGAGACGAUCGGGAAUUUUAUCAAUGUGGAGAUCAUGGAAUACGUCGAUAUUGUGGUCAGUAGCUUGACCAAGAUCUUUUCCGGAGAUUCAAACGUUAUGGGCGGAAGUCUCGUUCUCAACCCCAAUGGUCCUCACUAUGACGCAUUGAAGUUUGUCCUGGACGAGUGCUACGAGGACCUCUACUUUGCCGAGGAUGUGGUCUACAUGGAGAGGAACUCUCGCAACUAUCGUGAACGGAUCAGGAGGGUCAACGACAAUGCGUACGAUGUGACGGAAUAUCUCCAUUCACGAUCCUUGGAUUCUGGCCCAGGUGACAACAAAGUCAUCAAGAAAGUCUGGUACCCUCGAUACUCAUCCCCAGAGACGUACGAAAAGGCCCGUCGAUUGCCCACGUUGGGCAAAGGAGGGUAUGGAGGACUUUUCUCAUUGACGUUUACAUCACUGGAAGCCAGCCAGGCGUUCUUCGACGCACUGCAAUGUGCCAAGGGACCGAGUCUGGGGACGAGCUUCACACUCGCUUCCCCUUAUACCAUCCUCGCGCAUUACCUCGAGCUGGAUUGGGCCGCUCAAUUUGGCGUCGAAGCCGGUUUGGUAAGGAUCAGCGUGGGACAGGAGGACGGACAGGUGUUGAGGAGCUGGUUCGAGGCUAGUGUCAAGGCUGCGGAGGAGGCUGGAGCCAGGCGCUAG